GUGUAGACCUAGACCUGGCAAGAAAAGAAGAGGAGCAGCAAAUGCUACAGGAUGCCCGACAGUGGCUGAACAGUGGGAGAAUUGAAGAUAUAAAGCAGCCUCGAACAGGUGCCACAGCUCUUCAUGUUGCUGCAGCAAAGGGCUAUUCUGAAGUCAUGAGGCUCUUGAUCCAGGCUGGGUUUAAUUUGAAUGUCCAGGACAAUGACGGGUGGACUCCGCUGCAUGCUGCUGCGCACUGGGGAGUGAAGGAAGCUUGCUCCAUCCUGGCUGAGGCACUAUGUGAUAUGGACAUCAGGAACAAGCUGGGCCAGACGCCAUUCGAUGUGGCUGAUGAGGGCCUAGUGGAGCAUUUAGAAAUGCUGCAGAAGAAACAGACUGUGUUGCGAAGUGAGAAGGAGACAAGGAAUAAGCUAAUUGAAGCUGACAUGAAUGGCAAGCCUCAAAGCGGACUCUUCACCAA